AUGCGUCUGCAAUUUGUUGUCCUGCUAGUCGCUUCCGUCGUAAUCGCAACUACCGAUGCGACUUCCGGUUCUUCAUUCGCUACUAUUCGAGACGAUACUCCUGCUGAACGCUCUUUGAGAAUCAGCGGCAUCAGUGCUAGCGACGAAGAGAGAGGAGGCCCCGUUGCUCUCGAGAAGGUCAAGACCCAACUGCCGACAUCGACCAUCACCGAGAAGACACUCGCGCGCUGGGCUCAGAACGCGUUCUCAAAACUUUUGAGGAGCCGAGCCACAAAACCAUAA